AGAUGUAAGUGUUGUCAACCAUAAGUGCUAUUAACAUAAUAUCUACUGAUUUGUAGCUAAUAAUCGUCAAAUUAUUUGUCGCUUAUCAUUGUUUACAGUGUUAUGACUUUUGCGAUAUUAGUCUAUCUUUGAAAUUAUCUACAAAAAGCAAAACCAGAUGAGAGAUGUCCUUCAAUUGGUUUAACUAAAUGUUAGACUAUAAGUCUGUGCCAAUACUGGUCCUCCACUACUAAAUACUAUUGAUUUAAAUACAAGUUUUUUGAUAGCAAUAACACGUCUGCAAAAGUUUUGCAAAACUUUUUUUCUCUUCAUUAAAGAGAUAUUUGAUUGAAUAAAAUAACUGCAUUUUAAUGUGAUUUAAGUCAUAGCAUUAGUGACAACCCAUAAGCCAUAUCUCCAUAACAUUUAAUGUUUGCUUUACAUUGUUUUACAGCAGUCUUAGAGCACAUUCCUAACCAUUUUCAUCGAUACUUCGCUAGAAGUCAUCAAAUCAAUCGAUUGUUUGCAACGACAAAAACUGUCCGUAAAAUGUCUUCAAACAAGUGGUAUCUCAACCAAUCACUCGAUGAGAGCGAUCCCGAGCUCUUAGGGUUAAUCUAUAAGGAGAAGAAGCGACAAAUCCGAGGCCUUGAGAUGAUUGCCUCCGAAAACUUCACGAGUCUUUCGGUUCUUCAAUGUCUCAGUACUUGUCUUCACAACAAGUAUUCCGAGGGAUAUCCCGGACAGAGAUAUUAUGGCGGAAAUGAGAUCAUCGAUGAGAUCGAGCGUUUGGCACAAAAAAGAUCUCUCGAGACAUAUGGUCUGAACCCCGAGGAAUGGGGUGUUAAUGUUCAGCCUUACUCGGGAUCUCCGGCCAACUUUGCUGUUUAUACAGCACUGGUUGGACCUCAUGGACGCAUCAUGGGUUUGGAUUUACCUGAUGGCGGACAUCUGACUCAUGGAUACUUUACCGAAAAAAAGAAGAUCUCAGCCACUUCUAUAUUCUUUGAGUCGAUGCCUUAUAAGAUUAAUGUCGGAACCGGUUUAAUAGAUUACGAUGAACUUCAACGAACAGCAAAGUUAUUUAAACCCAAACUAAUAAUUGCCGGAAUCAGUUGUUACCCAAGAAAUCUUGAUUACAAACGUUUCCGUGAAAUUGCUUCAGAAAAUGGUGCCCUUUUGAUGGCAGAUAUGGCACAUGUAAGUGGUUUAGUGGCCACCAAAUUAGUUCCGACACCAUUCCAGUACUGCGAUAUUGUUACUACAACUACUCAUAAAACUUUGAGAGGUCCGCGCGCUGGUGUCAUCUUCUAUAGGAAAGGACUUAAAUCUGUUUCCAAAUCUGGAGAGAAGGAGUUUUAUGACUUCGAAGAUAAGAUAAAUCAAGCAGUUUUUCCUGGCCUUCAAGGAGGUCCUCAUGACAACACUAUUGCCGGCAUCGCCACUACUAUGAAACAGGCCUCGAGUCCUGAUUUUGUUGAAUACCAGAAACAAGUUAUCAGUAAUGCGCAAACAUUGGCAAAGAAUUUGAUUGCUUGCGGCUAUACCUGUGUGACCGGCGGUACUGAUAAUCAUCUCGUGUGGGUUGAUCUCAGACCAACUGGUAUUAAUGGCGCACGAGCUGAGAGAGUGUUGGAGGAAAUAUCAGUGGCCUGUAAUAAGAAUACAGUUCCCGGCGAUAAAUCCGCUUUAAAUCCAGGAGGUAUUCGAUUGGGAACUCCUGCACUUACCACAAGAGGACUUAAAGAAAAUGACAUCGAAAAAGUUGUUCAAUUCCUUGAUGAAGGUCUGAAAUUAGCCAAAGAGAUCAAAACGGCAUCUCCUGGUGUUCUGCUUAAAGACUUUUUUGCGACAAUGAAUUCCGACAAAUUUAAGGCAAAAAUUCUUGAGCUGAGAGAAAAAGUAGAAGCCUUUGCUGAGACAUUCCCAAUGCCUGGUUAUGACAAAUAUUGAAAUGUCUUUAAAAUGUUAUUAUAUAAAGUGUUGUUUUAUACUUUUGAUUAAUUUGUGCGAAAUCGCGAAAUAAAUUUUAAUUUUAGAAAAUAACAAAAGUAUAUGACAUUAGUUUAAAAUAAUUUUACUUAUACUGUAUAAUAAUAAUAAAGAUA